AUGAGCAAGAAGGCCAAGUCGCAGGCCAGCAGCAGUCGCGCCGCCGCCGGUGGCGGUGGCGGCUUCGGCUUUGGAUCCGGCGCGUCCUUCUCCGCGUUUGGCGCCUCAGCCUCCCCGCUCUCUUACGUCUCCGAGCCGCCAGACCUCUCGUCCAUUUCCGAUGCGAACACGGUCGUCGCCUUCAAGAACCUCUCCAAGAAGGAUAGCACCACCAAGGCGAAGGCGCUGGAGGAUCUGCAGUCGACCGUCACCUCGGCAGGCGCACCGGUGGAGGAGGCUGUACUGGAGGCCUGGGUCCAAAUAUACCCUCGCACCUCCAUUGACACUGCUCGACGCGUCCGGCAGCUUGCGCACACGGUCCAGGGCCAGAUCGCUGCGGCGUGUGGGAAGCGCAUUGCUAGACACAUGCCCAAGGUCGUCGGCGCUUGGCUGGCUGGCCUCUACGACAACGACAAGUCUGUCUCGCUGGCUGCCCAAGCAUCCUUCAAGUCUGUCUUCUCAACACCGGAGAAGAUGCACAAUGUCCGCAAAGCCUUCCAGCAACAGAUCCUCGAGUACUGCCGCAACGUGAUCGAUAAGGAGACUUCCAGCACUCUGAGUGACGAGAGGAACACAAGUGCAGACGACGCCGAGGGAAAAUACAAUAGAGUUAUUGCUUCAAGCAUCGCAGUCAUUGCAAGUCUUCUCACGGAAUUGUCCGCGGAAGAGCUCGCCAAGGAACAGAGCAGCUACGAAGAGGCCAUACAGGACAACAAGCUCUGGGAUUUCGCCUCAUACAGCGAUCCUGCUGUGAGACGGGCUAUUCAUAGACUUCUGAGGACUUGCAUGGCAAAACAGCGCGAUGUGUACUCGAGCAACCUGCCAACAAUUUCCAAGGCUUACCUAGCCAAUGCGCUUAACUCGGACCAAACCGGUUCAGCAUAUGAAUUCUCUGAAACGUUGGUCGCCCUUACCAAGAUUUCCCCUACCGUUUGGACAGAACACUACACAUCGAAGAAGACGCCAGUGACUAGGCGUCUGCGACAGUUCCUGAAGCGCGGCUCACAAGGCGGUCCCCGGGAAUACUGGGAGAAUGUCAGCAAGAUCUUGUCUAGCCUGCCCAAGGAGGUUCUGCCUUCGGAUUCAGCCGAGGCCAUCGAAGUUCUAAACGCGAUCCGCAGUGGCAUCAUCAGCAAGGAUGAGCCUCGCAUGAACAUCAGCGCCGCAUAUACGACAUACUUCAGUGUCACGGCUGCGCUCUCUGCACGAUUUUCUGAGGAGGAGCAACAUAGGCUGUUGGCUGAGAUGGUGUUACCUCUCGUACUCCAGUACAUCAAACCAUCUCAAGACACCGCCACAUGGGCUGUCCCAGCCCCUCAAGCUGCGGGCUUGAUAAGUCAAUCUUUGGCGAUUCCCACAAUGCCUUUGGUCCUAGAGGCCCAAUGGGGGCGGGUGACAGAUGUUCUUAUUGAAGACAUGAAGACGUCACAACCAGCUCAAGCCAAGGACUAUGAGACAUCUCAGAACCAAGUUGGUGAUGAGGGUCAGAGGUGGGCUGCUGUGGCAUCUAAGCUCCUUGAGAUCUCAUCUUCUCAGGCUGUCCGCGAGAGGCUCGCGAAGUCAUCUUUGCAGGUGCUUAAAGAAGCAUUCGAGCUCCUGAGGUCUCGAAGUGGUAAGCCCUACGGUGCAGCGGGUGUAGUGGAGGCAAUGCUCAAGUCUUUCAAGCCAUUCUUGUUUGAAGAUUCUGAGUGCUCCGAGCUCCUGACUUCGUUCAUCAAGGAUGACCUUCCUUCGCUUUUCCUGUCCCCAUCGUCCUCCAAACUGGCUUCCAUUCUGCGUGCCUACAACGAUCGUCCAGAUUUUGAAGACGUUUGGAGAAAGACGCUGAAGACAUGCCUUGAUGAAGCGGAGCCGCAGGCAAAGCUCACUGCGCUGGCACAGCUUUUGUCCUCGUUAGACCCUCAAAGUCAGAUCGCAGUGGUGAAUCCAGAACUCCAAAGCUUUAUCCUUGAGAGAUUCCGGCUGUCUAUUCAAGGACAGACAGAUUGGGGCUUCCCCAGUCAGCUGCUUAAGGGCUCCUCUAUUUUGGCGGAUGAUACGGUAGACAUGGUCUUGGCAGAUCUGACACAGUCACUCUCCAUUUCCACUCAGGCUCAGAAUGCGCUCCAAGGCCUUUCAAACGUUGUCCAAUACAGCCCUGAUAUAGUCAGGAAAUACGUUCCUACGCCCGGCGGCUCUGUCUUGCUCCAGAAGCUUGUAUCAAUUACCGAAAAUCCGAAUGACGAAGUUGCAGAGCAAGCUUCCAGCCUGGAGAACCGUAUCAAGGCAACUCUGUCGGAUAGCAACAGCAAAGCGGCUCUGAAGAGCUCUAUCUUCGACGUCAUUUCCCGGGGACUUGUCGAUGCGGCUGCUGACUCUGUCUCGCCGAGUACACUGGUCGAGCUUGCCAGGGACCUCUUCAGUGAUUCCGCAAUGGAGAAAGAGGAGCUAUCUGAGAACCUUCUGCCUCCUCACCACGUCUGGGAGGUUGCGCUGAAACGCUUCUUAGAUGUUCCUCCGCAUCCGACCUUUGCCAUCACGAACCCUCUUGGGGGGAGCGUUUACUUGGUUGAGCCAAAUCAGCGGACAGCAAAGAUUCCCCGAGACUCCGAAGGCUUCUCUCCGGCUUUAAGGAUGGCUGCCUACACGGCACGUCUCCUUACCAAGGCUCCCAUUUCGGAACACCUGCCUUCUGAAAGAAAAGCUCAAUUGUACAGACAACUGCUCUUGACCGUUCAGCUUGCAAACGACAAUGUCAGCCGUGCUACCUCGAACGACAUCUUCAGCCUGUACAAUACUCACACCGAGAACGACGUCUUCGAGGUGGUCGCUGACGUACAAGCCUUGAUCAACGACUGGAUUCAGAAGUCUGGAUCGUCUUGGUCUGGAGACGAUGGUUCCGAGCACUUCUUCAUCCAUGAUGCAUGGAACACUCUCCGGCAGGCAUCCAAUGGCCUGUCAUCCGAAGCCUUUUACAACGCGCGAGCGUACGCCACGACCAUUUUUGAGUUGAUUGAGAUGCAUGGCUGGUCAAGCAAGGAAACCGCAAAUAUGGAAGGUCACUUGAAAGAGAUCCGAAGGAGUGACGAUACAUUACUAGUGGCAGCAUUCCUCUACGGCCACAGCACACCACUGGCAUCCCAUGGCUCCGCGUCUCGCAUGUGCAAUGAGCUCAUCGCGCAAUUGACAGGCCACAACAUUUCACAAGAUGUGCAAGGAGGGCUGAAGCAGCUUGUGCUGCUGAACGUCAUCGUUGCUAACCAAGAUGGCAUCACUGACACUAUCGCAAAACAACGACUGAUCUUCUUCGUCAAACACAUGACCGAAUGGCUGGACCUUCGGGGCGAUGAGGCCAUCACUCACCCAGUCAGAGCCGAAGUCUACCGCGCUUUCUCACUGCUGCUCCCGCUCAUGAAGGACAUAUAUGGAGAGCACUGGGAAGACAUUCUGAACUCUCUGAUCGCCUUCUGGUCGACAGCUGGCCGCUUCAAAGACCAGAGUCUUGGAUACGAAGAGGCCAUUCCGUGCAUACACGCCUCGCUCAAGCUCUACUCGACGCUGAAGGUGCUCCAGGCCGACGAGGACCCCAACGAAGACCUAGUCGAGAUUUGGAAGUACUCGCAGCCUCAAAUCUCGAAGGCGCUCAUUGAGCUGCUGAAGCAAUCGGAAGGAUUGGAUGAUUACAACCACCAACCUCUCAAGAUUGUCAACGAGAUUCUCUCCCGGCAGAUCAGUUCAAUUUCCGUCACUCAACUAGAGAACACGGAGGAGCUGUUCCCACUCCUGGUCACCGAGUCUAGCUCAGUGCAGCAGGCGGCAUUCGACAUCUUGCACAGGCAGAUACCAGCUGCACAAGAGGAAAUUUCCAUCAAUGCUGCGCUUGAGAAGCAGACGGUGCGGUUGCCUGAUGAGCUGCUUUCCCUCGUGCUUGAGGCCCCUUCCCAAAGUGCCAUCGAAAGUUGGGACUUUAACAGAGUGAUGCCGCUCAGCCUUCGCGGGUAUCUCUUCAGCUGGUUGCUCAUCUUCGACCACUUUACCAACUCGUCGUACAAGGUGAAGACGGACUACAUUGAGCACCUGCAGAAGGAAGGCCAUGUUCCCCAACUCCUCGACUUAUUGGCCGAGUUCUUGGGCCACACAAAGGGCAAGCCUGUCGACAUUUCCAAAUUCAACCUCGCACAGUACGACCCACACGCAGCGGACACCCCUCUUGCGGACGCGCGCUACCUCGCGGCGCACCUCUACUUCCUCGCACUCCAGCACCUGCCCUCGCUCGCCAAGUCCUGGUGGAUCGACUGCAAGUCGCGGCAGACGGUGCUGGCCGUCGAGAGCUGGACGGAGCGCUUCGUCUCGCCGCACAUUGUGGCCGCGGCGCUGGCGGCCGUCAGCGAGUGGGCCAACAGCGCGGACAACGCGGCGUCGGACGAGGCGCUGACGGUCAAGGUCAACGCGCUCGGCAAGGAGAUCACGGCGGGCUACGAGGUCGACGAGCAGUUCAUGACCAUCGUCGUGCGGCUGCCGGCCAACUACCCGCUCGCGCCCGUCGUCGUCGAGGGCGUCAACCGCGUCGCCGUGUCGGAGCAGAAGUGGCAGUCCUGGCUGCGCAACUGCCAGGGCGUCGUCACCUGGUCCAACGGCAACCUGGUCGACGGCCUCAUCUCGUGGCGGCGCAACGUCGUCGGCACGCUCAAGGGCCAGACCGAGUGCGCCAUCUGCUACAGCAUCAUCAGUGCGGAUAAGCAGCUGCCCAGCAAGAGGUGCUCGACGUGCAAGAACUUGUUCCAUACGAGCUGCUUGUACAAGUGGUUCAAGAGCAGCAAUGGAAGCAGCUGUCCGCUGUGCAGGAAUCCUUUCAACUACGGUUAG